UCCUGUUUUGCUUUCAUUCCCCGACCAUCUCCUAUUCCCCCCUCGCUCUCAGACAGGCAGUGUGUGGAACUCCGACGCCGGAGGUGGAGCCAUGCUCAGGAGCCCCUUGCUAGAAUGCGGCAGUCCAGGCUAGGGUUUCUUUUGCUGUCUGCUGCUUCUUCCAACCACAGGAGAUUGCUGACGACCCAUAAUGCUUACUUUGCUGCCCUUCGAACCACGCGCCGCAGAUUCUGCUCCUACGCCGCCGAGCAGUUCUCCGACGAUGAGUACGAGUGCGACUUUGAGACCCAUAGUGCAUCUUCCUCAGUGGCCAACAUUGAUGAAUGGAAAUGGAAACUCAGCUUGCUGUUACGCAAUGAGCAUGACCAAGAAAUCGUGUCAAGAGAUAAAAGAGAUAGGAGAGACUAUGAGCAAAUCUCUAACCUCGCCAAUAGGAUGGGACUUUAUAGUGAAAUGUAUGGUAAGGUGGUGGUUGCAAGCAAGGUUCCACUCCCCAACUACAGACCGGAUCUUGAUGAUAAGCGACCACAAAGGGAGGUGGUUAUCCCACUAAGCUUGCAAAGGAGGGUGGAGGGUCUACUUCAGGAACAUCUUGAUAGAAUGCAAUUAAGUUCUGGAAAGGUUGGCCUUGCUGAUGCUAAGGCUGUUGAUCCUCCUGAAGAUGAGAAUCCAGAUUCUUUUCUAGAUGGGUCUGUCAUGGAAAAGAUUCUUCAACGAAGGAGUCUGCGGAUGCGUAAUAUGCAGAGAGUUUGGCAGGAAUCACCUGAAGGAAGGAGAAUGCUAGAUUUUCGGAGAUCUCUCCCUGCAUUCAAGGAGAAGGAAAAGCUGCUCCAAGCAAUUGCACAGAAUCAGGUCAUUGUGAUUUCUGGAGAGACUGGGUGCGGUAAGACUACACAACUACCUCAAUACAUAAUGGAGUCAGAAAUUGAAUCUGGCCGUGGAGCAUUCUGCAGCAUAAUUUGUACACAACCUCGAAGAAUAUCUGCCAUGACCGUUGCUGAAAGAGUUUCUACAGAGAGGGGAGAGCCUCUUGGUGAAUCUGUUGGUUUCAAAGUUCGUUUAGAGGGAAUGAAAGGGAAAAAUACGCAUCUGCUCUUUUGUACCAGUGGUAUUCUGCUUAGACGGCUAUUGAGCGACCGUAACCUUGAUGGCAUAACACAUGUGUUCGUCGACGAAAUUCAUGAGCGAGGCAUGAAUGAAGACUUUCUAUUGAUUGUACUAAAGAAUCUUCUUCCAAGACGUCGGGAUUUGAGAUUGAUUUUAAUGAGUGCUACUCUGAAUGCAGAGCUUUUCUCCAAUUUUUAUGGAGGAGCACCUAAAAUUCACAUACCGGGCUUCACAUAUCCGGUGAGAGCUCACUUUCUGGAAGAUGUGUUGGAAAUGACUGGAUACAAGUUGACCUCAUUCAAUCAAGUUGAUGAUUAUGGCCAAGAAAAAAUGUGGAAGACACAAAAACAGCUAAUGCCAAGAAAACGGAAAAAUCAGAUCACUGCUCUUGUUGAGGAUGCUCUUAAUAGAUCGAGCUUUGAGAAUUAUAGCUCCAAGACACGUGAUUCUCUGUCGAGUUGGAUGCCUGAUUGCAUAGGAUUCAAUCUUAUUGAGGCAGUUUUAUGCCAUAUAUGUCGGAAGGAACGCCCAGGUGCUGUGUUAGUAUUUAUGACUGGUUGGGAAGAUAUUAGUUGUUUAAGGGACCAACUUAGAGCCCAUCCCCUUUUAGGAGACCCUAACAGGGUUCUGCUGCUUACUUGCCACGGUUCAAUGGCAACAUCUGAACAGAAACUUAUAUUUGAGAGACCACCUCCUAAUGUACGUAAAGUAGUCCUUGCUACAAAUAUGGCGGAGGCCAGCAUUACUAUCAAUGACGUUGUUUUUGUUGUUGAUUGUGGAAAAGCAAAAGAGACCACAUAUGAUGCUUUGAAUAAUACCCCUUGUCUAUUACCUUCUUGGAUAUCACAAGCUUCUGCUCGGCAAAGAAGGGGUAGGGCUGGCCGUGUGCAACCAGGUGAGUGUUAUCACCUAUACCCUAGAUGUGUCUAUGAAGCUUUUGCUGAAUAUCAACUUCCAGAACUUCUGAGAACUCCUUUGAACUCUCUCUGCUUACAAAUAAAAUGUUUGAAGCUUGGAAGUAUUGGGGAAUUCUUGUCAGCUGCUCUGCAGCCACCAGAGCCUUUAGCUGUCCUAAAUGCUGUUGACUUUUUGAAGAUGAUUGGAGCACUAGAUGAGAUGGAAAAUCUUACAAAUCUUGGUGAGUUUUUGUCAAUGCUUCCAGUAGAUCCCAAGCUAGGGAAAAUGUUAAUCAUGGGUGCUAUCUUUCGUUGCUUUGAUCCUGUUCUUACCGUUGUGGCUGGACUUAGUGUCAGGGAUCCUUUCCUUCUGCCCCAAGACAAAAAGGAUUUAGCAGGGACCGCAAAAUCUAGAUUUUCAGCAAAAGACUACAGUGAUCACAUGGCUCUUGUCCGAGCAUAUGAAGGAUGGAAAGAUGCAGAAAGAGAAGGAUCAGCAUAUGAAUAUUGUUGGAGAAAUUUCCUUUCUGCUCAAACUCUACAGGCUAUCCAUUCCCUAAGAAAGCAGUUUACUUAUAUUUUAAAAGAUGUGAGAUUACUAGAUACUGAUGGAAGCACAAACAAUAAAUUAAGCCACAACCAGUCAUUGGUUCGAGCAAUCAUUUGUUCAGGCUUGUUCCCUGGCAUAGCAUCUGUUGUGCACAGAGAGACGUCUAUGUCUUUCAAGACGAUGGAUGAUGGCCAGGUUUUACUAUAUGCUAAUUCUGUGAAUGCACGUUAUCAGACAAUCACUUAUCCAUGGCUGGUCUUUGGCGAAAAAGUAAAAGUCAAUACAGUCUUCAUACGUGACUCCACUGGUGUAUCUGAUUCUAUACUGAUCCUUUUUGGUGGCACCCUCAGCCAUGGGGUGCAGGCUGGACACUUUAAAAUGUUGGAAGGAUAUAUUGAUUUCUUUAUGGAUCCUAGUUUGGCAGAAUGUUAUUGGAAGCUUAAGGAGGAACUUGAUAAGCUUCUCCACAAGAAGCUUCAAGAACCAAGUAUCGACAUCCACAAUGAGGGCAAGUACCUUAUGCUUGCUGUUCAGGAGCUGGUAUCAGGAGAUCUGUGUGAAGGGAGAUUUGUGUUUGGCCGUGACAGCAGGAAACCAAGGGAGUCUCCUGACAGCAACAAAUUUACAAGAGAUGGAGCAAACCCUAAGAACUUGCUACAAACUUUAUUGAUGAGGGCAGGUCAUUCCCCUCCAAAAUACAAAACAAAGCACCUCAAGACAAAUGAAUUCAGGGCUCUGGUAGAGUUCAAGGGGAUGCAGUUUGUGGGGAAGCCCAAGAGAAACAAGCAACUUGCAGAGAGGGAUGCUGCUAUAGAGGCAUUGGCCUGGUUGACUCACACCUCUGAUCGCAGUCAGGAGGAGGAUAAUGACUCCACACCUGAUGUCACAGACAACAUGCUAAAACUUCUUGGGAAGCGUAGAAGGUCAAAGCGCCGGACUGGAUGAGAGGAUUUGUUCAGCAUAAUUCCAGAUUUUCAAACAGAUGCGCCGUAGAAAAGACCGAUGGAUAAGCAGCUGCCCAUACUGUUGCCAUCUCUAGCAUCCCCACCUGGUAACGUAACUGUGUGCAGGAUUUGAGAUACGCCGUGCUGUUAUGUUUCCUCAUGUACAAUUUAUAUAUUAAGAGGGAUAAGGGUGAAAAGGAAUAACUUUGUUAGACAUCUGCAAUUAAGGACCAUUGCGUUUGGGCAUUAUACCAUGAGUAGGUGAUUCAAAAUUUCAAGGUCUGUGAAAAGUUAAUGAGGUGCAUGAUCAAGUUUUCGUAGUACAAGAGCUGCCCGUCGCCUUCAUGCCUAUACAUUUUAUUAUUAUUAUUAUUUUGCAAGGAGUUGUGCAUAGGCCAGAAUCUGCAUUUGAAUAUGUAAAUGCUGAAUGAUGUAGAACAAGUUUUUUCAGUUCCCAUUUCUGAUGUACAUGUAUGACUGGGCAACGGUUUUCUUGAUGGGGAGGGCUGCUCAUAGUGUCAACAGUGAGCAAUCAAAAUAGUUUCACAUACAACACUUUAUGUAUGUUUAGUUCAUAGAAUACAAUGAAGAUAAAAAUGAAAUGGCUAUUCUUGUUAAA